AGCAGAGGCGCCGACAAACCGCGGGGUGACCAAGGCGCAUGCGUAACAGGGCUUGACAGCGCGCGGAAGAAAAACCAGCAAGAAGGCGGUGGAAGAAGAUGGCGGUCCUGGGGUAGAGUUUGCAAUCUUUCUGACUAGGCUAGUCGAGUAACUAUUCGGGUCAUGGCGUCAAACUCAACUAAGUCUUUCCUGGCAGAUGCCGGCUAUGGCGAACAGGAACUGGAUGCCAACUCUGCCCUUAUGGAAUUGGACAAAGGCCUAAGAUCUGGCAAACUUGGUGAACAGUGUGAAGCAGUUGUUCGCUUUCCCAGGCUUUUUCAGAAGUAUCCAUUCCCUAUUCUUAUCAAUUCUGCAUUCCUAAAGUUAGCUGAUGUUUUCAGAGUUGGAAAUAAUUUCCUGAGGCUAUGUGUUCUUAAAGUUACCCAACAAAGUGAGAAACAUUUGGAGAAGAUUCUAAAUGUGGAUGAAUUUGUGAAGAGAAUUUUUUCUGUGAUUCAUAGUAAUGAUCCUGUGGCAAGAGCCAUCACCCUCCGGAUGUUGGGAAGUCUGGCAUCAAUAAUUCCUGAGAGGAAGAAUGCUCAUCAUAGUAUUCGUCAGAGUUUAGAUUCACAUGAUAAUGUAGAAGUUGAAGCUGCUGUUUUUGCUGCUGCAAACUUCUCUGCACAGUCAAAGGAUUUUGCUGUAGGAAUCUGUAACAAAAUCAGUGAAAUGAUUCAAGGUUUAGCGACACCAGUAGACUUGAAGCUAAAAUUGAUACCCAUUCUACAGCACAUGCACCAUGAUGCAAUCUUGGCUUCCAGUGCUCGUCAGCUUUUACAACAGCUGGUCACAUCCUAUCCGUCCACCAAAAUGGUGAUUGUGUCUUUGCACACUUUCACUCUGCUUGCAGCUUCAUCUUUGGUUGAUACACCUAAGCAGAUUCAGCUUCUGUUGCAGUAUUUGAAGAAUGAUCCCAGGAAGGCAGUAAAGAGACUUGCUAUUCAAGAUCUGAAAUUACUUGCUAAUAAAACACCACAUACUUGGAGUAGGGAGAAUAUUCAGGCACUUUGUGAGUGUGCCCUCCAGACUCCUUAUGACAGCUUAAAACUAGGGAUGUUGUCUGUCCUUUCCACACUAUCAGGGACCAUCGCCAUCAAACAUUACUUCAGUAUAGUUCCAGGAAAUGUGAGUUCUUCUCCCAGAUCUUCUGAUUUAGUCAAAUUAGCCCAAGAGUGCUGUUACCAUAAUAACAGGGGCAUUGCAGCUCAUGGAGUUAGAGUCCUAACUAAUAUAACUGUUUCUUGUCAAGAAAAGGAUCUUUUGGCACUGGAACAAGAUGCUGUCUUUGGCCUGGAAUCCCUACUGGUACUUUGUAGUCAAGAUGAUAGUCCAGGUGCUCAGGCCACUUUAAAGAUUGCUCUAAACUGUAUGGUGAAGUUGGCCAAGGGCAGGCCCCAUCUUAGCCAGUCAGUGGUUGAGACCUUGUUGACUCAGUUGCACAGUGCUCAAGACGCUGCCCGGAUUUUGAUGUGCCAUUGCCUGGCAGCCAUUGCCAUGCAACUGCCAGUGCUGGGUGAUGGGAUGCUUGGUGACCUCAUGGAGCUGUACAAGGUGAUUGGACGAUCAGCCACAGACAAGCAACAAGAACUUCUGGUGAGUUUGGCUACUGUGAUUUUUGUUGCAAGUCAGAAAGCAUUGUCUGUGGAAAGUAAGGCAGUAAUUAAGCAGCAGCUUGAAAGUGUCUCCAAUGGAUGGACUGUAUACCGUAUUGCCAGACAGGCUUCCAGAAUGGGUAAUCAUGACAUGGCCAAAGAGCUUUAUCAGAGUUUGCUGACUCAGGUUGCCUCAGAACACUUCUACUUCUGGCUAAAUAGUUUGAAGGAGUUUUCACAUGCAGAACAGUGUCUCACUGGGUUGCAAGAGGAAAAUUAUAGUUCAGCACUUUCUUGCAUUGCUGAAUCUUUAAAAUUCUAUCACAAAGGGAUUGCUUCUUUAACAGCAGCUAGUACACCACUGAAUCCUUUAAGCUUUCAAUGUGAAUUUGUAAAACUCAGGAUUGACCUUUUACAAGCCUUCUCUCAACUUAUCUGUACUUGUAAUAGCCUGAAGACAAGCCCACCACCUGCAAUUGCCACAACUAUUGCCAUGACCUUAGGAAAUGACCUCCAGAGGUGUGGUCGCAUCUCCAAUCAGAUGAAACAGUCCAUGGAAGAAUUUCGAAGCCUUGCUUCUCGAUAUGGGGAUCUUUACCAGGCAUCUUUUGAUGCUGACUCAGCAACUUUGAGGAAUGUUGAACUACAGCAGCAGAGCUGUUUACUGAUAUCUCAUGCAAUAGAAGCCCUGAUUUUGGAUCCAGAAUCAGCAAGUUUCCAGGAAUAUGGAUCUACUGGAACAGCCCAUGCUGAUAGUGAAUAUGAAAGGAGAAUGAUGUCUGUAUAUAAUCAUGUCUUGGAGGAGGUAGAAUCACUCAAUCGGAAAUAUACCCCUGUUUCUUAUAUGCAUACAGCAUGCCUCUGCAAUGCCAUCAUUGCUUUGCUGAAAGUUCCCCUUUCUUUCCAGAGAUAUUUUUUCCAGAAACUACAGUCUACCAGCAUCAAGCUUGCUCUGUCACCAUCACCCCGGAACCCUGCAGAGCCCAUUGCUGUCCAGAAUAACCAGCAGCUGGCGCUAAAGGUAGAGGGAGUGGUUCAGCACGGAUCUAAACCAGGACUCUUUCGCAAAAUUCAGUCUGUCUGUCUGAAUGUUUCUUCCACACUGCAGAGUAAAUCUGGACAAGACUACAAGAUACCCAUUGACAACAUGACCAAUGAGAUGGAGCAAAGGGUUGAACCUCAUAAUGAUUACUUCAGUACUCAAUUUCUGUUGAACUUUGCUAUCCUUGGAACACACAACAUUACAGUGGAAUCUUCUGUGAAAGAUGCCAAUGGUAUAGUAUGGAAGACUGGUCCCAGAACUACCAUAUUUGUAAAAUCCCUGGAAGACCCUUAUUCCCAGCAAAUUCGCUUACAACAGCAGCAAGCCCAGCAGCCAUUACAGCAGCAGCAGCAACGCAAUGCCUACACACGGUUUUAACCAUGGAAUGAAUGCACUGCAGACUCUCAAGAGAUCAAAUUGCCAGAAAUAGUUUGCUUUUUCAUAUGGAAUAAGUAUGAAAGUUAUCGUGUAGUUCAUUUAUUCAUUGAUUUUUGUAAUGUAAUAUUCUGGAAACAUUUUUUCUUAAAAAUUUUGUCUUAUAGCUGGGCGUGGUGGCUCACACCUGUAAUCCCAGCACUUUGGGAGGCCGAGGUGGGCAGAUCACGAGGAGAUUGAGACCAUCCUGGCUAACACAGUGAAACCCCGUCUCCACUAAAAAAUACAAAAAAAAUUAGCCAAGCGUGGUGGCGGGCGCCUGUAGUCCCAGCUACUUGGGUGGCUGAGGCAGGAGAAUGGCAUGAACCUGGGAGGCGGAGCUUGCAGUGAGCCGAGAUUGCACCACUGCACUCCAGCCUGGGAGACAGAGCGAGACUCCGUCUCAAAAAAAUAAAUAAAUACAUUUUGUCUGAAAAAUAAUUGGGCUCCUGGCCAGAAAGAUUGUUCUUUCUUGUUUUAUUAUUACUGUUUUUUCUGUUGCCAAGCUUUUUCUUUUUCUUUCAAGAAUAGUCACAUGUUGAGAUCAUUGAAUUGGUAAAUUUGACCACUACUCUUCCAAAAUACAUCAUUUGCUGCCUGACUUAGACUUAGGAUUCUGAGUUGUUCUUUGGGAGGUUCUGACCAGUCACUACAAGGUUUAUCCAUGGUAGCAGAACCUGAGUCCUUCUGUAGAUGGACUUGAAAGUGUUCCCUGCAACAUCCAGCCUUCUGGAUUAUGAAAGCCCACAGUCUAGCAGUAUUGAAACAUCCUGCUGUAUUAUUUCAACCACAUAUCUAUCUCUUCCUGUGCUAAAGCAAUCUUAAUUUAUUAUUUUCAUAUUUAAUUGAAACGAACAGCUAGCAAUUUCAUAGAAAAUUAAAGAUUAAUUUGUUUUUUCUGAUGUGUCUGCAACUGUGUGUAAUACAGACAUUUCACAUUGUUUCCAAAAGUGAAAAACACUCAUUUAAUAUCUUAAAUGUUUUGGGGUGGAUCUUUUCCUUUGGUUGGUGAUUGGUUUGGUUUCUACUUGAUGAGUUAUGCUAAACUGACUGUUUAGAGAGAGCAGUCUCUUUAUUACACAGGCUCAGUUUGUUGGGAUGCUCAGGGAACAGAGUUUUCUGGUUAGCCAGAAAACCCCUUUUUUUCCUAUUUUAAUACUGGUUGAAAACCAUGAUAAAAUAGACUUUCUUAGCACAGUAUGCUAGAUAUAACUUAACUGCUUUUUGAUUGGGGAUCAUUUAGGGCUUCAGGAUCACGAUUUCUAAACAUCUGGGAUCAUAUGGUUGCAGAUAUUGAUGCUAUAAGCAAUUUGGCCGGAUACAGCUCCUAAGGUAAAGCAGGGUACUUUCCCUGGAAUUUCCUUUUUAAAUAAAUAUCUGUUUCUUUGCUUGU